CGGCAUUCGGGACAGACGUGCGGUGACAAAGUAAAUUUUGUCAAACGUUAAUUUUUUAAUUUGUUGUCGCUGAAAAACGGUGGCAUCACUGAAGUUGGAGGCGUUCGCAGACACAUUGAGAAUGUCGUCGUGCCGAGUGGCGGCGUGCGUGGCCGCCCUAGCAGCGGUCUCCUGCGCCCUGCCCCCCGCCGUCUUCACCCUGGACCUAAACAAGCUCUACGGUCAUAAUUCAAAGAGAUCUGAAUACUGCCACCCGUACGAGCCGUUCAAGUGCCCGGUGGACGGCAACUGUAUCUCGAUACAAUACUUGUGCGACGGCGCACCUGACUGCAUCGACGGGUACGAUGAGGACUCCAAGCUCUGCACCGCUGCUAAACGACCACCAGUGGAAGAGACCGCUUCGUUCUUACAAUCCCUGCUGGCGUCGCACGGACCCAACUACCUCGAGAAACUGUUUGGGAGCAAGGCGAGAGACGCACUGGAGCCACUCGGAGGAGUCGAGAAAGUCGCUAUUGCUCUUUCAGAGUCCCAGACCAUCGAGGACUUCGGCGCGGCACUGCACCUGAUGCGCUCCGACCUGGAGCACCUGCGCUCCGUGUUCAUGGCGGUGGAGAACGGUGACCUGGGCAUGCUCAAGUCGCUCGGCAUCAAGGACUCGGAGCUGGGCGACGUCAAGUUCUUCCUCGAGAAGCUGGUCAACACCGGCUUCCUCGACUGAAUAGCGCCGGAGUCGGCCUCUGAUUACUACCACGUCGUCCAGUUUGGCCCCAUCAGCUCAUCCUUCUACAGCUACCUUCCUUACGACUCCAUCAAGUACAGAAGAAAGUGAAACCUCUCUCUCUCUCACUUUAUCUAACCUUACCUGAUCUGUAUGUUCUCGUUUGUCUUAUUCGGUAAAUAGAGUUAAUGCACCUCUUUAGUUGAAUAACCAUUCAAAACACUUUAAUAUAAAUAGGCCCAACAGAUGACUCCACCUCACCCGAUGUUAAAUGACGGUGGAGUCCAGACGCAAAAAUUGAG